AUGCUGCGCGCAAGGUCUCCGCUGCCGCUGCUGCGGCGUCUGGGCCAUCGCUCGGCGUUCUCGUCGCUCGCUCCGGGUGCCGUCAGGGUCGGCGCCAAUUGGGAUGCAUCGGUGAAUUCUGACCUGGUGAACGGGUUGCUGCGCGACGGCUACUACGUGGUAAAGGACGCCUUCUCCUUGCUGCGAACAAGCGGCCAGUUGUACCCCAACUCGACGCACAUUCUGAUCAAUGAUGCAGCAGGCAGCAGUGGUCAAUCGCCGCCCAAGACGCUGCUGCUGGAGAAGCACGACAUCCUGGAGACGGAAUUGGCGCUGGAUGCGGUUCGAGACCAGGCGUCCGUGCCGUUCCUAAGAGAUUUCUUCGAGCAGCAAGUGGUCUUCGGCCCCUUAAACCGAGCGGUGCCGGACUGGUUGGGACUGGCAGGCCACAUGGUCAAGGUGCAGCACAACGCUGGACGAGGGGCGUGCUUCCCGACGCACUUCGACACGUACGGCGACGACGGCAAGUGUGUCACCGCGGUGCUGUACUUGAACGAGGACUGGGAGCAUGGAGACGGGGGCGAGAUCGUGCUGUACCCGUUUCCGAAGUCUCGCGUGGUUGUGCAACCGCGUUUCGGUGAGCUGGUGCUCUUCUCGUCGCAGCAAAUGCUGCAUCGAGUAUUGCCGUCCACCAAGCCACGCUACGCUCUCACGACGUGGAUG